AUGGCGAAUUUAGAUGCUAGUGCAGUUGCUCCCGAAGAUCGCGUGCGGUUUUAUAAGCUCAAGGUACAGUCGGUGUUUGAACGCGUAAAAAAGCUACAAUCCAAGGUCGAUUCAGAUGCUCUUGCCGAUCACAGUGACAGCACUCUAAAUGUUCUACUGGAGCAUAUCGACAAGCUAAGCCACUCCUUUAGCAAGGCCCAUGAAAGUCUAGAGGAGCUCGACUUUACUGAGAUGUCCAGCAAUUUGCGCACUGACUUUGAUGAUUUAAUAAUGGUCAUGCAGUCAACAAUAAUGUCCGAAGUGCAAAGUCGUACUGCUCAAGUGCAUCAUAGUUCCACGUUUAGUCGUCCAAGUGACCCUCCUCGCGCAUCCGCUCCCAGAUUGCAGGCUGCACCUGCGUUGCCGCCAUUAAAGUUACCUACGUUCAGCGGUGGAUAUGCUAAUUGGGCUGAUUUCUACUCAAUGUUUUCUACAAUCAUUGAAAGUCGGCCAGAAAUCAGCAAUAUGGAAAGACUUCAGCACCUCCGGUCCUGCCUCGAUGGCGCAGCGUUGGAUACGGCCCACAUCGUAAAGAUCUUAGGUCUCAAAAGAGUAGAAAACGGAUCCAUAACCAAGCUGCGUGAGCUAUCUGACAGCUUCAAUGUCCAUAUGCGUGCGCUCAGUAGUCUGGGCACAACAGAGCAGAUAGCCAGUGCCAUGAUUGCUCAGAUACUGCUACAGAAGCUUGAUGAGGCCUCACAAGCUAAAUGGGAAGAGAAAUUGGACAACUCAGAGACGGCUCUUCAGAUACCCAGAUAUGAAGAAGUCUCCUCAUUUCUUGAGCUUCGUUGCCGUACUUUGGAAUCGAUGAAAUUUGCUCUUACAAACUAUUCGUCAAGUAAGCCGAUGAAUUCUUGCAGUAAGGUUGCUACCAGUAGAUCAGCAUUUCUCGUAACCGGCCACAGUACUCACAGUUGCAAUUUUUGUAAUGAUCUUGAGCACACAAUCUACAAAUGCCCAAGAUUCGCAAACUUGUCUCCUAGUCUUCGCCUGAAUGAGGUCCGAAAGGCUGGCUUAUGUUUGAAUUGUCUCAAGGGAGGUCAUCAGUCGCGACAAUGUGGCUCGCGCAGUUGUCGGGUCUGUGGAGUCAAGCAUCAUACGCUUCUUCAUCUCGGCCACUCCAGCACAUCGCAGGCAGCAAUUCCGCCCCAUCAACAAUCUUCAACAUCAAGAGUACAGACCAUCCCUCAGCCCUCAGCACCAGCCACUACUCUCUUAUCCAAGGAUCAGCACAGCGAUGUUGUGCUCCUGGCUACCGCAGUGGUUCUGGCAAGGAAUCGGUUUGGCGAGCUUGUUCCUUGCCGUGCGCUUUUAGAUUCAGGCUCUCAACUACAUCUCAUUACAGCCAGAUUUGCGAAUCUCCUGCAACUUAAGAGAACAAAAUCGGUGGCAUCUGUAUGCGGCGUAGGCAACUCCAAUGUUGCCAUGGAUGGCAGCAGCAUUUGCCUCACUCUUCAAGCUCAUGCAUCUGAAUAUACAACUAGCAUAACGGCUAUGGUAGCUACAAAUAUAACUGGCAGGCAGCCUAGUUCUAAUGUGAAUACGAGCAAUUGGAGCAUACCGCAAAAUAUAGUGCUGGCAGAUCCAGCUUUCCAUAGGCCGCAACGAGUAGAUCUGCUUAUCGGAGCUAGCCUGUUUUAUGAUUUGCUCUGUGUGGGACAAAUCAAGUUGAUGCCUGGACUUCCAUUGUUACAGAAGACUCGUCUUGGUUGGGUUGUAUCAGGUGGCGAGGCUCGCAACCACAACUCCGUGCUAAUAGCUUCAAAGACGCCUUUGGAUCCGAUUACAGACUCCUGUGCUGAUAUCAAGUUGGACAGUCUCGUUCGUCGCUUUUGGGAAGUUGAGCGCUGCAGCGAUUCCAUUGUAAGGUUCAGCAAGGAAGACUCAGACUGCGAAGCGCAUUUUGCGAGGCAUUACAAUCGAUUGGCUAGUGGCCAAUAUACAGUACGCCUGCCUGUUAAGCUUAGUUGCGAGCUUCUUGGAGAUUCUUAUGAGCAAGCGCGACAUCGGUUUCUCAAUUUGGAGAAGAAAUUGAGUCGUUUGCCGCAUAUAAAGUCUCAAUACUCAGCAUUUCUGAAAGAGUAUCUUGAACUUGGUCACAUGUCACGCGUUCCUCUAAAUUCAUUCCAUCUAUGCAGAUAUUUUCUUCCUCAUCACUGCGUUCUGAAGGAUGAUAGCACAACUACCAAGCUUCGCGUCGUCUUUGAUGGAUCUGCAUCUACAACAACUGGGCAUUCGUUGAAUGACAUUCUAAUGUCAGGUCCCGUCAUUCAGCCAAAAUUAGUCGACAUAUUAUUGCGCUUCCGAUCUUAUCCAGUUGCACUCACCGGCGAUAUUUGCAAAAUGUAUCGUUGCGUGAAAGUACCUGAGCCGGACAGCUAUCUACAAUGCAUUUUAUGGAGGAAUUCGCCAGAUGAUGAGUUGGAAGUUUUCAGGCUUGAUACGGUAACAUAUGGAACAAAACCAGCGUCAUUUUUGUCUGUGCGCGCCAUGCAUCAGCUUGCCGUAGAUGAAAGGAACGCAUUCCCAGUCGGGUCCGACGUACUGCUUCGCGAUUUCUAUGUUGAUGAUUUGAUUAGUGGAGGAAAUUCAGUCGAAGAAGCAAGACUUGUUAUGCAAGAGACAGCUGGAAUCUUGGCAUGUGGGAAGUUUAAAUUGAGGAAGUGGUGUUCAAGCCAUCCCAUGGUGCUGGACGGCGUAACAGACUGCGACAAGGAAUCGCUCAUUAGGUUCAAUGAUGGCAGCGACAUUACAAAGACACUUGGCCUUGCAUGGGAUCCGGCAUCUGAUCAACUUCUUUUCUCAUAUCUAGCCCUGAAUUCAGCCUCUAAGCCCUCCAGGCGCUCUGUUCUCUCGUCUAUUGCUAGGUUUUAUGAUCCCCUCGGCCUGGUCGGCUCAGUAAUAACGAAAGCUAAAAUCUUCUUGCAACAACUCUGGAGGCAUAAACUUGAUUGGGAUGAGAGUCUCCUGUCUGCAUGUCACACUGCAUGGCUAGACAUUUGCAGCAACUUUGGCAAUGGUCUUAGUAGUGCAUUUCCCAGGCUAUCAUUAAUACCAGGAUCGAAGGUUGAGGUCCAUGGAUUCUGCGAUGCCAGCAUCGAGGCAUACGGAGCUUGCAUUUAUAUUGUAUCCAGAGGUCAGCAUACCAUCAGCAGGUUGCUUUGCUCUAAGUCUCGAGUUGCGCCUCUAAAAACGCUCACGGUUCCCAAGCUGGAACUAUGCGGGGCAGAGUUGCUUGCGCGUCUAAUGAAUGAAGUGGCUCGCUUAGGCAUUUUCGCAGGCGAGUUUCAUUGUUGGUCUGACUCUACUGUUGCGCUUUCUUGGAUCAAUGACGAGCCCGGACGAUUUAACGUUUUUGUUUCAAAUCGCAUCGCCACGAUACAAGAUCUCACAUCAGCAAUGGAAUGGCACUAUAUACCUACAACACUGAAUCCCGCGGAUAUAUUAUCUCGGGGUGCAUUGCCCUCGGAUUUAAAUGCCUCAUUACAUUGGUUCAACGGUCCAGGUUUCCUCUUGAAGGGUAUUAGGGCGCACUGCAAUUUUAGCAACGCUGAACAUCUGGAAAAAAUAGAGGAAAUCGACGACGGGCUAAUCUUGCUUAACGACUUCGGCGGUAAUGUGACCUGGAAUGGAACCACGGAAUUUAUCAGAGGGACUUACCUCUUCCGAUUCCAUAAUGAAUCCGUUAAGAUCGGCGCUCAGCAGCUCGACAGCGUCGAAUCAACCAUCCUUAGGCCCGAAGUGCCUAUAAUACAGAUGACUCCAGAAGAGGUCGAGCGGGUGAAGGUGCUUUCGUUGCAGUCUCUGGAAGCGCUGCACAUCAACAACAUUGGGCAACUAAGGAACUUAAACAUCAGAGCCUAUACCAACACAAUCGCGUUGAUUUCUCUGUUCCUGAUUGCUAUCUUCAUCAUCACCAUCCUCUGCAAGUUGAGAAAAGAAAGGAAGAACAUUACUUUACAAGUCAGCCAAAUUCCACUGCAGGUUACCUCAGAAGGAAAAGGAGCAUCAUCCAUCUCCGCUCCAACGUAG